UUUCAAGAAACAUGCGAGAAUUUAAAAUCAACACAACUUUAACAAAAAACUUUAAAAAAAACCGGCGUAUUUCCGGUUUCCUUGCUACAAUGAGUGAAUAUGGCGACGACGUUGAUGAGGACAUUCGUGUGCUUGUGGCUGAAUCAAUGGAACACGCAGACGAACUAAUAGCCGUAACUGUCCAAGAAGAGCUGUUCAAAACUAAAAACUUAGUUCUAAAGGAGUUGGAGAAUGAUUUGGAAAACUACGGUCGUCAAAUUUCUAACUACGCUAACCGAUUGCAGCGGCUCGAACUGCUAGAACAUGGUGUGCUUCAUCGGCUUAACGCAUGCAGUGCUCUUACGAAAGAGUUCGACCAGCUGACGGAAUUAUAUCAGGCUAAGGUUAUUCAAUUAAAAGAUCUUCUGGAUAAGAGUCUAACUUUUGAGUGUUCAAAGUUGCUGGCAAAGGAUACGUUUCAAAAACUUUACGGAUUCAAGUACGAGCUGGAUCAUCUGCAGGGAAAACUGGAGAGCACAACUGAACUGCUCGGGAAGAAUGACAAUCAGGAGGUGGUGCAAACGUUGAAUCAUUUGAAAAGAAAAACUUCAAAAGUUAUGCUGGAUAUGGAAAAUUUGUUGGGACUAAAUAGCAUGCACAAACAGACGGUUAUUGGAUUCUCUAACAAGAUUUACUACGAUGAACAGAAAUUGGAUUCAGUAUAGACAUAAACUAGUGCGUAUGCUUAUCGUGAUGCGUUUAGUACACAAUUCACUUCAAAUUGGAAAUCAUACAAAUGUGCAAGUUCCUUCGGUUUAAUAAUAAUGUACAUAUCACACUUUGAUGAGGUGUGCACAAUUAGGUGUGAAAUGUGAAACAUUGAUUUAAAUUAUUUUGUGUAUUUAAUUGUGAAUAAUUUUUGAAUAUUAAACGGUUGUAAUCCAUACACACCAACGAUUUUUACAACAUACUUCCUACCGAUGAUUUUACUUUUAUUGUUUAAGUUGCAAUGGCAGGCCAGUAUCAUUUAUCCGUACACUCGAUUAUGCAUAACCACAUGGUCCAACAUCAGUCUUAUUCCACAUUACAUCAGAUAAAACGAAUGUAAUUUAUAUUCUCAAAAACGACAGCAAAUUCAAACUGACGCAGAGGGACUCAAAAUAUGCUUUUGCGAAACUCGAUUAUAUAGAGCUACAACAGACCAUUUUCGCCAAUUUAUCUGUUUUAUAUUGUUUAUGCGCACCUAUAAAAGACCAUAUUUUUGUGAUAUUCCUUUUUUAAAAAAUUGGAGAUAGGCUAUAGAAAAUCUAACUUUUAAAUAAGUCUGAGCGUCCGAGAGUUUUGUAGAGGAGACCAAUUCCAUAAAUUUUGCUAGACAUAUUUUCUCUGUUGUCACACACAUAGACAUUUUCCGAUCUCGACGAACUGAGUCGAAUGAUAUAAGAGAUUCAGCGCUGCGAGCCUUGAUUAAAAAGUCGAAAUUCCGACCGAUUGCAUAACCUUUCUAUAUGAGAAAGGCAAAACUCUGAAAAAUAGACUUUUUGCAUGUUUUACAAAAAUACUGAUAGCAUCUAUAUUCUUAUUUUUAUUCCAAUGAACAACCACUCAUUACCUUCGCAAUUGAUC